AAAAAAAAAAAGGCCGGGCGCAGUGGCUCACACCUAUAAUCCCAGCACUUUGGGAUAUAUGUAUAUAUUUUUUUCCUUUAAAAUGUUUUUUAUUUUUAGAGUCAGUGGGUACCUGUGGAGGUUUGUUACAUGGAUAUAUUGCGUGAUGCUGAGGUUUCAGCCUCAAUCAAACCUGUCACCCAGAUAGUGAACAUGGUACCCAAUUGGUAGUUUUUUCAGUGCUUGCCCCUUUCCCUCCUCUGUUUUGUUCUUGCCCCUUUCCCUCCUCUGCCUGUUGUUGCCAUCUUUAUGUCCAUGUGUAACCAUUGUUUAGCUCCCACUUAUAAGUGAGAACAUGCGGUAUUUGGUUUUCUGUUUCUGCGUUAAUUCACUUAGGAUAAUGGCCUCCAGCCACAUCCAUGUUGCUGCAAAGGACAUGAUUUUGAAGGAAAACAUGUAUUUUAAGAAAAUACAGGCCAGGUGUUGUGGGGCCCGCCUGUAAUCCCAACACUUUGUGAGGCUGAGGUGGGUGGAUCGCUUGAGCCCAGGAGUUCGAGACCAGCCUGGACAACAUGGCAAAAUCCUGUUUCUACUAAAACUACAAAAAUUAGCCAGGCAUGGAGUCAUGUGCCUGUAGUCCCAGCUACUCGGGAGGCUGAAGUGGGAGGAUCAAUUAAGCCUGGGAGGUGAAGGCUUCAGUGAGCCAUGAUUGAGCCGUGAUUGUGCCACUGUGUUCCAGCCUGGGCGACAGAGUGAGAGCCUGUCUCUAAAGAAAAAAAAGAGAAAAAGAAAAAAAAAGUAAAUACUGCCUUACUGUCUAUAAUACCUGCUUUUCUACAAGGUGAUAGUAAUCAGAAGAAUGUAGGAUUGGCAGAAAGGUGGACAUAUAGAUCAAUGGAACAGAAUGGGAAAUCCAUAAAUUUGCAAUUUGACAAAGAGGUCAAAGCAAUUCAUUAAAGAAAGUGGGAUCUGUGUUGUAUGGAUCCUAUAGCACAUGGAGACCAGUUGCCGUUGCUGUUUUGAUCAACUUCAAAGGCAUUCAUCCAGGGUGGUUUAUUCCAGAACCACUAGAAAUCAUUAGGACCACCAGGACAGCCUCUCCACAGCCAUCUGAUGUGGCUGCCUCAGCUCGACCUCAUGAGGGUCAUCAGUGCUAAGAGUCAAGGCUACUCCAUUGCCACUCAAAUCACCGGUCCAACAACAGUGAAUGGCUUGGAGCGGGGCUCCUUGACCGUGCAGUGUGUUUACAGAUCAGGCUGGGAGACCUACUUGAAGUGGUGGUGUCGAGGAGCUAUUUGGUAUGACUGCAAGAUCCUUGUUAAAACCACUGGAUCAGAGCAGGAGGUGAAGAGGGACCGGGUGUCCAUCAAGGACAAUCAGAAAAACCGCACGUUCACUGUGACCAUGGAGGAUCUCAUGAAAACUGAUGCUGACACUUACUGGUGUGGAAUUGAGAAAACUGGAAAUGACCUUGGGGUCACAGUUCAAGUGACCAUUGACCCAGCUCCGACUCCUGCCCCCACCACGCCUACCUCCACUACGUUUACAGCACCAGUCACCCAAGAAGAAACUAGCAGCUCCCCAACUCUGACCGGCCACCACUUGGACAACAGGCACAAGCUCCUGAAGCUCAGUGUCCUCCUGCCCCUCAUCUUCACCAUAUUGCUGCUGCUUUCGGUGGCCGCCUCACUCUUGGCUUGGAGGAUGAUGAAGCGCCAGCAGAAAGGUACUGCAGCCCCUGGAGGGCGACCUCUGCUAUGCAGACCUGACCCUGCAGCUGGCCGGAACCUCCCCGCGAAAGGCUACCACGAAGCUUUCCUCUGCCCAGGUUGACCAGGUGGAAGUGGAAUAUGUCACCAUGGCUCCCUUGCCGAAGGAGGACAUUUCCUAUGCAUCUCUGACCUUGGGUGCUGAGGAUCAGGAACCGACCUACUGCAACAUGGGCCACCUCAGUAGCCACCUCCCGGGCAGGGGCCCUGAGGAGCCCAUGGAAUACAGCACCAUCAGCAGGCCUUAGCCUGCACUCCAGGCUCCUUCUUGGACCCCAGGCUGUGAGCACACUCCUGCCUCAUCGACCGUCUGUCUCCUGCUCCCCUCAUCAGGACCAACCCGGGGACUGGUGCCUCUGCCUGAUCAGCCAGCAUUGCCCCUAGCUCUGGGUUGGGCUUGGGGCCAAGUCUCAGGGGGCUUCUAGGAGUUGGGGUUUUCUAAACAUCCCCUCCUCUCCUACAUAGUUGAGGAGGGGGCUAGGGAUAUGCUCUGGGGCUUUCAUGGGAAUGAUGAAGAUGAUAAUGAGAAAAAUGUUAUCAUUAUUAUCAUGAAGUACCAUUAUCAUAAUACAAUGAACCUUUAUUUAUUGCCUACCACAUGUUAUGGGCUGAAUAAUGGCCCCCAAAGAUAUCUGUGUCCUAAUCCUCAGAACCUGUGACUGUUACCUUCUGUGGCAGAAAGGGACAGUGCAGAUGUAUGUAAGUUAAGGACUUUGAGAUAGAGAGGUUAUUCUUGCUGAUUCAGGUGGGCCCAAAAUAUCACCACAAGGGUCCUCAUAAGAAAGAGGCCAGAAGGUCAAAGAGGUAGAGACAAAGUGAUGAUGGAAGUGGACGUGGGUGUGACGUGAGCAGGGGCCACGAAUGCCGCAGCCUUCAGAUGCCAGAAAGGGAAAGGAAUGGAUUCCCCUGCCUGGAGCCUCCAAAAUAAACCAGCCCUGCCCACGCCUUGACUUGAGCCCAUUGAAACUGAUCUUGAGCUCCUGGCCUCCAGAAUUGCAGGAGAAUAAAUUUGGGUUGUUUUUAAUAA